AUGUCCUUUGAGAGGGGUGUCAUGAAUCAAGCUCAGGAACAAUUAAAUUCGACCGAUAUUGCGUUGAAUGCUCUUGACACAAUUUUAGAAGAUGCAAUAUUGGAGGAAGAGGAACAUAUUAUUAAAUCAAAUAAGAUUAUCGUUCACAUUAGUGAUCUAUCAGUAUCAAAUAUACAAGGCGUUGCCCUUUAUAAGCUUUCCAACGCUUCUGUGAAUAACUUCUCCGAUUAUUACACAAUUACCCCAUACAACUCGUCAAUCGAUGACUUGGGGGAAGUAGAAGCCGCUGUGUUGUUGCCCACUGAUGAAAUACUUCGCUGUCAACAUGCCCACAAAUAUGAAUCAGUUACAGUAAUCAUUUCCUUUUUUUACAAUGACGCGUUGUUCAAUGAUCCAAGCAAAGGAAAGGAGAUUAGCACAACGAUUGUCGCAGGUGUAGUGAUACCAUCGUUAAAGUGUCAACUAAUGAACCCAUUCAUUCUAAUUUUCAAGUCAGACCUUAACAUCACCAGCCCAAGAUGCGCUCAUUGGAAUUAUGGUCUCAAAAACCAGCAUAAGAAUAUACGCGGUAAUUGGAAAGUUGACAGUAUGCCGACGGUAAAAAGUGGAAAACCCACGUACGUGGUAUGCCGUGCAAAUCAUUUAACGCAUUUCUCUGUCCUGGUAGCAACGAGAAAUUUUCAAGUACAGCAAACACCCCAGGUCCACUUAGCUCUUAAUAUUAUCACUUCCAUUGGAUGCGCUCUCUCGUUAACUGGACUCUCGGGAAUUUUUUUAAUCGGGAUAUUUUACAAAAGUUGGCGUAAACGGAAGCGAAAUAUAAUUAUGCUGAAUUUCUCCGCAGCAUUGGCGGCUGAAAUGAUUUUGUUCUUCGUUUCGGAUUUAGUGAGAGACAACGCAACCGCUUGCAGAAUCGUCGGUGCCAGUCUGCAUUACACUAUCAUUGCAAGCUUCGGAUGGAUGCUGAUUGUUGCCAUUUUGCAAUACAGGAGAUUUGUUUUAGUUUAUGAACAAACGAUUCGCUGCUUAAUUUUAAAAAGCUUGAUUAUUGGAUGGUGCAUGCCUCUGAUACUUGUACUGGUGUGCAUAACAACUUUUCCUGACAGCUACAAUAAGAAUGGAGACGGAAUGUGUUAUCCUGAUGGAAUAUACCUAUAUUACACGGUGGCUGUGCCAAUUCUAAUAUUUGUGUUGAUCAAUCUGUUUGUAAUUAUCAAGAUACUUCACAACGUUUGUAACAUCAAGGUAGAAAGGUAUGGAGCAGAUCGUAAUGAAAUAAGACUUCAAGUUUCGUUUGCCAUACUUUUAUUCUUUCUGUUAGGAAUGUCUUGGAUUUUUGGCUUAGGGGUUACUGUUAGCAGUAAUACCGUACUCUCGUUCAUUUUUUGCAUUACUGCAACACUGCAAGGGUUUGUUGUAUUUAUUUGCUUUGUGCUUAUGAAUAAAGAAUCUAGAGUGUUCUGGGUAAAUAUAAAAAAGUUCAUAAUAUGCGCGAAAAUGCGAUCUCAGUCAUAA